CUCUGGAUUGAAAAACCUUGAAAUCGAAUUGUCCUUUCUUGGCGGAGCUUGUGCAGCAAGUCUGAUGAAAAAGAAUCUCAACUUACCACUAGUUUUUACGGAGGAAGCUGAAGAGGACGUGGAGCUUGCGAACGAGACGGCUAAGCGGACGUUUUCCAUGCAUUCGGCUCUACUUGGACGCGGCUUUUCCCUCUCAUCGCCACCUACAGUGACCCAAGCACUCGACGGUGUUCUUCCUUACAGCUGCCACUCGAACGAGCGUCUCUUCCUGCGGGACUUUGUGUCGUGCACGUCGGGCACGAGCGGUGGCAGACUCGCCCGAUGGCUCCAACCGGACAGCUACGUCGACCCCGCCAAGUGCGAGGUCCUCUACGCCCGCGAGGAGAUGCGCUACGGGUGGCCGGCGAUCGUGACCGUCGUCACCAGGGACCAGUACGGGGAAGUCGUCCACGUGCGGGGUUUGAGGAUCGAAGCGAAGGCUGUACCGAUCGACAAGCGCGACCUCACGGAGCCCGAUCAUGGCAAAAAGAUCCGUCGUGUAUCGCAACCGGAUCCCAUGACAUUCGGCGGCCAUCCCCAGCCGUCGCUCGAGGUGCCCUACGAGGUGACGGUCCUCGACGAUCCUUACAAGGUCAGCUUCCACGCCAUUACCAUAAUGAAGGCCUAUCGGAAUUAUUCGUUCGAAGAGCUGCGCUUCACGUCCUCAGCCUUCAAGCGAUCGAGCGAGACAAUGACGGUGACUGCGAACGGUGACGGGACCUUCCAGGCGAAUUGGACCCCCUUCUCCGUCGGCUGGUACUCCAUUCAAAUAAGCAUCGAUGGAUAUGAUAUGGAGGACAACUAUAAAGUGGAAGUGAAAAGGCCGCCACAGGGCAUGGAGCUACCAGCGUUGAAUAUCGCUAAGAAACCUCAGCAUCUGCCAAGCAGAGUUCGAAGAUUCAUGGCAAAGAAUACCGCUGGUCUUAGAAUUAGGGCCCAUCCGUCCCUCCAGAGCAAGCAGAUCGGCAUAAUACCGCUUAAUGGCACGGUAGUUUAUUGCGAUGAGAUUCAUAAUGACGAUGGUGUGUGGCUUCGGCUGAAUGCUGAAACGAUAACAAAAUUCUGUACGAGCGGACAUUUGGAAGCUUGGUGUUUACAGUACAAUCAACAUUUAGGAAAAACUUUAUUAUUAGCGGUGGACGAACCGAAAACUUCAUUGCAGCAAAUCACAAAACCAGCAAUAUUACCGAAAAAAUCGGAUUUAAGCGAAGAGUUAGUACCUAAACGAAAACUAAUAGCGUUUGAUAAUGGGAAAACGAUGGCAGUUAUAACCUGCGGUGCCUCUGGUCAUAAUAUACGAAGCAAACCAAGUUUGAAAGCUGCGGUCGUUGGGAUGUUGGCUUUAGGCAAUACAGUUACCAUUCAAGAAUAUUUUGUUAAUAAAUAUGGUACUUGGGUGCGAAUCGAUACCGAGUCGGCCAAUAAGUAUUGCUUCGAAACCGAAGGUGAGGCUUGGUCAUUGGCCAUCAAUAAACUUGAAGUAGCUUAUAUGAAAAUCACGCAAGCCGCUGAUGAUGAUCUGGAAAAGAAAUCAGUAUUAUCCGAGCAAACUUCUUUCAAUCAGAAUCAAGCCUCGAAACAUUUGACUUCAGCUCCCUCGACCAGUCAAACUAAUGAUCUGUCCGCCGAUCAAUAUCAAGUCAAUUCCUUUCAAAACUCUGCAUUGUCAGCUCCCAAUGGUAGCGGCACCGUUGAUGGCAUCAAUAAUUCUUUUCUCAUCGGUACCUUGACUAAUGAUUCAAAGCAACAACAAGAACAUCAGCAGAAACAACAACAACAAGAACAAGAAGAAGAACAGCAACAACAUCAGCAACAAAAGCAACAACAGCAGCGUCAUCAUGAAUCGCAGGCCGGGAGUGAAAAGUAUAGUAAAACGACAGCUACGAGCAUGUUGGACAAAUCUAUCGAAUCCUUAGCAAAAUCCUCAAAAAAUCAUUUGAAAGAGAGAACAGUAAAGGAGCGCGAAAGUGGAGGAAGUGGAAUCGGAGGAGGCGGAAAAUUUAGCGUUUUGCAAAAGUGGCUAAGGGGUGACGAUAAGUCGCACGGAGAAAAAAGGAUCUCACCCGGAAGGGACUUUUCGGAAUUUGUCGGAGUCUCGGUUAAAGAAUUAGUAAAGGCGAUGGGCGAGAGUCGAGCAAAUGGUAAUAACUCAACGCCACCGGAAACGCCUCGGCGAACGUCGGGCAGCUCAUCCCCGAAGAAUCCUCAAACUAGUUCACCGCGAGUCACCAGUCGAUCUUCCAGUCCAGUUGCGAUACCUGCAGGGUCCAGUCGUCUGCCGUUCGGUUUUGGUCUUUUUCCAUCCGCUGUUAAUACUCAAGUGUCAGGUGGUAUGGCGGACAGUGGGACUUCGAAUCGCUGCGGCUCGACGCAGAGUGACACGAGCGCAUUGGUCAGCAGCCUCACUCGGGAUCCUUCGCAGUCACCUAAUGGCGUCAGUUCCAUGGCUAAUACCACGAGGGACAUUUCACCCAGUCCGAGUUGCAGCUCCUUGCACAUGAGGUCCGAGGAAAGCACGUCCAGUCCUUCGGACAAUUCGAAGAAAGAGCAGAGAGACUCCCAAGACGCUUUCAAAAAAGUUUCCGAGGCACAAACGCAAACGAGUCCCGGAAGUACAGCUACAAAGAAAGGUCAUUUUACCAAUAAUUCGACAAAUCACAAAGAAGAUCGAAACCUAACGAAGAUCUACCGCCGUGAUCAUACAAAAGUAGCAAAAUCAAAGGCAAAGCGUACAAUAUCUCCGGCGAGUAAUCAGCAAAGCUCUAGUCCAAAUCGCACUCUAAAUCUCAACAAAGAAAAGGUAAAGGAAGCAAUAAGUCCCUCGGUGGCCGAGUGCCUUCGCGCCGUUUUCGCGGCAUUUCUCUGGCACGAGGGUGUCGUGCACGACGCCAUGGCCUGUGCCAGCUUCCUAAAGUUUCAUCCGAGUUUGCCGAAGCAGGGCGCUCUCGUAGUGACGCGGCAGACGCCGCCGUCGAGCAACGAGCAGCAGAGGUCGAAGAUGACGCGGGAGGAGCGUGCGAGGCAGAGGCACUCGGUCGAGGUGACGAACGACGGCAAUUAUUUGUACAUACAGCCAAGCACUUUGGAGAGCCUUACGAGAUCAGCGGCAAAUGCCAAUGCCAAUAGGAAUAAAAAGAAAGCGGAGUGUGCGUUUAAGGACGAGAGCGCGAUGGGAGCCAACAAGCUAACGUCUCUGCCGGAAUUCACGACCGUUACAGUUUUACCACCAGCCCUGAAAAACCUCGUGUUCCUCUGGGAGGAGCUCAGCGUAAGCAGCUUGCAAGCUAUAAACGAGCAAAGCGUACUUCCCAGUCCAAUUGUCCAGCCAGCAAAUUUGAAGCUCCCGAAACGCCUGGCGAAUGAAAUUCCCUCUAAAAUUACGGAGUCUAGUCCGGCGAAAGAGAACAACGUAAGCGAUAAACGCGAGAAGAAGAAUAUGAGGGAUAAGAAAGAAUGGAAACCCGUGGUAAAGACUUCGGGGGCGGACCCUUUGGGAGGAAUUGAGAAGGAAACGAUUUGCGAACUUUGUGGGCUGAUGUUUCCCCAUCCGGUAACCUAUCACAUGAAACUUAUGCACCCAGGAUGUGGAUGGCAUUCUGGGGGUAACGGCUACAAUAGCGGAGGCAAUUAUUGCGUUGGAUGGGCUGGUAAUUGCGGUGAUGGCGGCGGAGGGGGAAGCUCCUGGUACCUGCUUUGUGAUACGUGUCGCGAUAAGUACUUGAAAGCAAAAAAGAAUAAGCGCCACAGGCGCAUCAUAGGCGACACAAACAGAUUCAUGUCGCCAAUCGCGUCUCCAGAGUGCAACGACACUCAUAUAAUAGUCAAGAACAACGCGAUGUUCCUGCUGGAUUUGUCAAGUGCAGCCGGAAUAAGCAUACCAAAGCAGCAACGCAGACACUCGCAAGCCCUGAGUGCAGUCGCGGAGAACUACAGUCCACCGGAAGUGGCUGGGCCCUUUCCCUCGACCGGUCCAUUUCAGUGUCUGCACGCUUUGGGUGUCCAGAACUCGCAGAGCAACGAGGAGAGGUUCUACGAGGAGAUGUUGAGGCACCAGGGGGGACAGCAAACCUCGUACGACAGUGGCAAUAAUGGAUUGACCCCGUUGUCCGAGUGUCCAGUGAGCGACAGUGACAGUGACAGUGGAAAGAAUCGAGGAAUGUUUCAUCGGUCCGUUUCUAUGUCGACCGGAGCACCAUGGGUAAAAAAUAGUAACGAUGGUCGAAUAGUCAUGAUGAGAAAGAGGAACAAAAGCAGUAGUGAAUUAACCAAUGAUGCUGGCUCAUCAUUGCUCUGCUAUCCAUCGGCUGCGCUUCAAAAGCUGGUCCCAUCAAUGGACCAGACGGCAAUAGUUUCGACCAACGACAGUAAGGACGUAGCCGAUAAUAACGAUCGCGUGGACCUGCUCACGAGGCCUGUGAUGCUCUUCGUCCUUCAGCAGCACAAUCUUCAUCACCUGCAGUUUGCCAUGAAGCAGGCACUCAGGCGCGCUGCAUGUCGGGUCUACGCGAUGCAGGCGCUCAAUUGGCUAUUGAGGAGCGUCACACAACCAAUCUGCCUUCACGACUUGCUGUGGUGGUUUGUCGCCUCGCUCACGCCCAUCGUAUCCGACUCCGUGGAUGUUAACGAAGACGAUAAUCGAAAAAGAUGCGUAGAGAAGAGGAAGGAUCACGAUAUGGUUGGAGUGUGCGAGCAUCCCUUAAGUGAUUUGAUAAUUGCUGGCGAGGCAUCAAAUCCUUUACCUACUGCUUUUCACACCUUAUUGCAAACAAUUGCCGAUUUAAUGCGCUUACCUCCGCCCGGUUCACCGUUACAACAGGCCGCCAUUAGAUGUUGGGCCAUUCAGUUCACCCCUGCUGAUCAUACGUUUCUACAUAGAAGUCACGUCUUCAGCAACAUCAGUAAAAUACUUUCACGCUCGGAGGAAGAGGAGGAUGCCACGAUAAGCAUGCACAAGAGCCACCAAUCGAAUUUCUCCGGUCAGUCUUUGAGCUCCGUUGAAACUCUGAAGGACUUGACACCGGGGAUAGAAAUCAAAACAUCCAGCAGACAAGCGAUGGUCAGCAGCCUCACUGAUAACACUACAGAAACCUUUUGGGAAUCGGGAGAUGAGGAUAGAAACAAAACAAAAGCGAUUACAAUUAUCUGUGGGCCGCAUUCGUUUCCCAGGAUGAUUUAUCUUCACAUCGACAAUUGCCGAGAUUUAACUCACAAAGUAUCUAGUGUUAUAUUUCAAUCGGGCAUCGAUACUGAUGAAAUGAUCAAAUUGAAGACCGUUGAAAUAGAAAGUAGAUCGAGUGGAUGGGUAAAUUGUCCAAUUUUAAAUCCCAGACACGUUGUAGUUGGCUUACAACUAAAAGGGCCAGACAAUUCAUUGAGAGUAAGACAAAUUCGCGUGUUGGGAGAAAUUGAAGGAGAAUCUCUUAAAACUGGAAAGCAUCUUAAUGCUCUAACCAUUCAACAAAAGAAUUGCGAAUCAGAAACCUUGAAAGUUUUCCGUUCAAUAUCAUCACAGGUUUUUGGAAAAUUAAUACAAGGGGAGCAGCAAAAUCAAGGAAUAAUUUCAUCUUUAGUCGUUGAAGCAAAUAACGAAGAACUGGAAGAAAGUAACGAACUUCGCGAGCAUAUGGUGGGGAUUUUAUUUAGCAGGAGUAAAUUAACGCAUCUCCAAAAACAAGUUUGCACACACAUUGUGCAAGCCAUUCGGAAAGAAACGAUCCGUCUCAGGGAAGAGUGGGAAAAUCUUUUGUGUUCACCAACACCAGUUAAUAGUUUAAUAAGUGAUAAUAGCGACAUACCAAAAGCUGCAGAUACCUAUUGUUUUGAAAUGUUGUCGAUGGUUCUGGCUUUGAGUGGCAGCUCAGUAGGAAGAAACUACCUCUCUCAUCAAUGUGGACUUCUUAAAGAUCUCUUAAGUUUGUUACAUACGGGUUCAGCAAGAGUACAAAGACAGGUGACAUCGCUCCUUCGUAGGAUUUUACCUGAAAUUAAACCCGAGGUAUUGGCUAACGUUGUCGGUGCAAAUAAACUGCCACCUUCAGAUUUUAGUAUCAUCUCUGUAACACCCAAUGGAUAUUCUCAUUCGAUGGAUUUUGACGAGCACAGUUUGGGUAUUUUAGACGUUUUCCUUAGUUGUAUUGCUAAAGCUUUGACUGUGCAAGUGAAAGUGAAAGAUAAAGAAAAUAACGGCAAGGCUCUUCAGUCAAUUUCUUUGGCUACGAGCAUUCAUCCAAAGAGCUUUGUAGGGCUACGGUGGUGGCUAAGAGGAUGUAUUAUGAGAAAGUUGGCCGAAGAGAUCAUACAACUUUUAAAGGACAUGGCUUCGGGUAAAUUAUCAGAGGCUUGGGCCUCUGUCACGAAAGCUGCUAUUGCAGAAAAUAUCUUGAACCUCACUAGAAUGGACGAGAAGAACAGAGAUCCAACGAAAUGUUUGCGGUCCCCAACUUUAUGGUUGGCAUUGUCUUCCCUCUGCGUCUUAGAUUCUGAUCACGUUGAACGAUUAUCUUCUGGGCAAUGGAGUAGUGCCGAUGGACAACCACCGCCUCCUAGACCUACGUGCAGUAACCACGACGAUGGCGAGACGACGGCAAUAAUCCAAUGUAAUAUCUGUGGCAAUUUGUGUGCCGACUGUGAUCGAGUCUUACAUCUGCACCGCAGAACGCGCAUGCACAUGCGACAGGUUUGCAAGGAGGAGGAGGAGGCAAUACGCGUGGAUCUACAUGAGGGUUGUGGGCGUAUGAAAUUAUUCUGGAUCCUGAUUUUAGCAGACAGCCAAACGUUAAAAGCUUUGGUCGAGUUUCGUGAUGGACCGCCGCAGAAGCCAGUCGGAGCUACGUCGGGUGUAUGCCGAUUUUGCGGGACAACGGGUAACAGUGGCCUCCUGGCGAUCGGCAACAUCUGCUCGGAUCACGAGUGCCAGGAGCACGCGAAGAAUGCCUGCAGCAAGGUACAGCCUUGCGGUCACAUGUGCGGGGGUGUACGGGACGAACGGCCUUGCUUACCUUGUCUACAUCGGUGUGCGCCGACCUCCGAUCUCAAGCAGGAUGCCGACGACAUGUGCAUGAUCUGCUUCAGCGAGGCUCUCGCUUGUGCGCCUGCGAUUCAGUUGCAGUGCGGUCAUGUCUUUCAUCUGCAUUGCUGUAGGACGGUACUGAUGAAGGGCUGGGUUGGGCCGAGGAUCACCUUUAGUUUUGCGCUCUGUCCAAUCUGUAAGCUGUCGAUGGAGAAUCGCAAUCUCGCCGAGCAACUCUCGACUAUUAAAGUGCUUUACGAGGACGUGAAGAGGAAAGCUCUUAUGAGGUUGGAGUACGAAGGCCUUCACAAAGCCGAGGCGGUGAUAACUCCUGGUGGCCGCUAUUACCAGGAUCCAGCUUCUUAUGCCAUGGAUCGAUACGCUUAUUACGUGUGCUACAAGUGUCAAAAAGCGUAUUAUGGGGGUGAGGCUCGCUGCGACGUCCAGCAGGGCGGUGAAUCCUUCGACCCCACGGAACUUGUCUGCGGUGGCUGUAGUGACGUAGCACGGGCCCAAAUGUGCCCUAAGCACGGGACUGACUUUCUCGAAUACAAGUGCCGCUACUGCUGCUCCGUAGCCGUCUUCUUUUGCUUCGGCACCACCCACUUUUGCAAACCGUGCCACGAUGAUUUCCAAAUGGUCACCAACAUCACGAAAAGCGAGCUGCCCUCGUGUCCUGCAGGUGCCAAGGCGAAGCAAUUGGAAGGCGAAGAAUGUCCACUUCAUAUAAAGCAUCCACCAACGGGUGAAGAAUUUGCUCUUGGUUGUGGUAUUUGCCGUAAUGCCCAGACCUUUUAAGCAACUUGAGAGCGCAUGAGCUACAAGCUUAUCGAAGAAGAGUCUCGAUUGGGCUUUGCAGAUUUGAAACGUGAUAAAUAUAGAGAUUACCGUUAACUAAACUUAUAAUAUGAUUGAACGAAAACUUCCUAUUCGUAUUUUUCUUCUCAAUGAUAUUUAUUAAGUGAAAUAUUAAUAAUAAUGACGAAGAACGAUUGGAAUUGAAUAAUACUGAAUUAAAGUAGGCACGACUCGUUAAAACCGAAGGUUCAUGCGAUAAACACUUAAUAAAUCGUGUAAUAAUAGGCAUGUAAAAUAUUUAAAAAGGAACAAAGUGUUGACUAGGGGCUAUUAAUGCCCAAAGAUCGUUGGUUUUUCCAUUGUGAAUGUAAAGUUAUGCGAUAAUCCAUAUAAAAAGAAUAUUUGUUUGAAUGGCGCACGAAA